GUCAAAAUGCUCUGGUUCCGCUCUCCUCUCCCCCGCGACCGCGACCCCGACACGCGCCCCCUCCUGGCAGACUACGAUGCCGUGACGACCCUCCAGUCCAAAGCAGCAGCGAAGCUGCGCACGUACCAGAUGCUCUGCGCCCUAUAUAAGGGUUACUACCCCAGCACUGAACAGCUGAUAGUCCACUUGAGGACCCUCCUGUCCGCCGACUUGCUGCACCCGGCAAACUCCCAGUUGAGCUCUGACGGGCGCAUGCUCGUGAGGCAGGUGCGGAGGUUGAUUGGAGAAUUCAUAGAAUUCCUCAGGGAAAAGAAUUCGGAGGACCAGAUUCAGGAGUUUUUGUGGUGUGUUACGAGAGCUCAGUUUGCGCUUGAUGUUGGCAAUAUGAUGCGGAGGGCCGGGAGCGCGAAGGGAUGUGCUGAUGUUGGUGUCGGUGGGUCUCCCUUCCUCCCUCAUGAUUGGGUUUGGAUUUUUGGUAGGGAGAUUAAUUGGGUUUGCCUAUCGCAGCUUGUGACUCGUUUCAUACCGUUUUCGACUUGCUCCUGGCGAACAGUGACUUCCGGAAGUUGCUGGCUGACUUGACCACUAUCACCCGGCAGGUUUUCGCUGAUACGGCUGCUACGUCUGCGCAUGUUGCACAGAAGGUAGCUGAGACGGUAGAACCGAGCGAAGGGGAGCUUGCCGCGAUUAAUUCCAAGGCGCCAGUACCCGAGAACGAGGACUUUGCGGAGAUUCCUGCAAAAGAGGUUGCCGAGGUCAUUGCCGAAGGAGCCACUGAGACCGCUACCCAAGCCGCUGCUAGCGCUGACCGGGAAUUGAAUAAGGCCGGGAGGAAGGAUGCCUUGGUUGAGAGAAUGAAGAUGGUGGUUAUGAGACUUCGACAGAACACGGAUUAUACGCAGUCUGUAUCGCUUUUGUCGGCACUUUUGAAGAGGCAUGCAAGGACUUACUCGAGGGCUUUGGGUGCUGCGACUGCCACGGCCGUGGAGGAUACCGAGCCGGGCCCAGCGCUGGAUGUGGCUAUCAAAUCCUUCUGGGCCUUUGUCAAGUCUUUUGGUGACAAAACGGAAUGGGACGAACUCGAGAUGAAAUGGGGAAGAGUGAUAAGCCAUGUCCAUAAAGACGCCGAGUUCGAAAAAGUCAUGGAGGACGUUGGGGACUCUAUUCAAGCACUGCUCACAGACCCAGACUUUGUCACCUCCGCUGAUGAAAAGCUCUUCGCUAUCCGCGAGAGAGUCCGGAGAGCCGGCACCGAAAGCACACUGCGAGGCGAUGUCGACGAAGCCCUCGGUCAGGCGCAACGAGUCCUCGCCUCAAUCCUCAACGACAAGGACAUAUCCAACCUCCUCCGCACCUCGACCGCAAUAAUAAACACCCUAUCCCCCCCCGCAAACCCCGAGCUAGUAGCCGACUUCUACAACGUCUUCUUCCCCCUCGCCAUCCAAACAAUCCAAUACAUCCCGAUCCCCCGCCUAACCGUCUCAACUCCAUCCAUAGACCUCCUGCUGGAAAACCUAAUUCUAGAGCCGGGCGAGACAGUAAACAACACCUCCUUCCUCCCUUUCCGCAUGCGCGUGGAGACCCAAAACGCCCUGGAAAUCCGUAAGGGUCAUCAUAGAGUCUGUUCGUCAGUGACCUCCUUCGCGACGAUAAAGCUCGACGGGGUAGCUCUCCGUGCGGAGGACGUAGGAUACUGGCUCUGCGCAAACCACGGCCUGAUCAUACCGGGGUUCACAGACACAGGCCUAGCCAGCUUCUCAAUCGACAAACGAGGGAUGGACCUCCACCUCGACGUGGAAAUCGCCAGAGACCGCAUAUCUGAAAUCCUCUCGCUCCGUGACGUGCGCGUCCGAAUACACAACUUGAACUACACCCUCCGACAAUCACGGUUCUCCUUUCUGUCCUGGCUCUUCAAGCCCCUCAUAAAGUGCCUCGUGCGGAGGGCGCUUGAGCGUGCGAUCGCGGAGAACGUUAAAGCUGCGCUCGAGUUUGCGGAUCGGGAGAUAUUGUUUGCCAGGGAGAGGUUGAGGGCUACGAGGAUUGCCCGGCCGAGGGACCUGGCGACGUUUGUUAGGGCGGUUAUGGCUAGAUUGCGCCCAGCGCCGGAUCCCGAUGUUGAGGUUGGCGUUGGAUUGUUGCCGGGGAGGGGUGAGAGGAAGGUUUUCCGGGGGAGGAGGACCCCAGGCAGCCUUGUCCAUCUCUGGGAGGAAGAGGGGGAGAGGGCGGGGGAGAUUGUGGAUGAGGAGGCGGUUGGGGGGUGGCGAAAUGGGGUUUUCGAUAGGCAUGUUGGGAACUUGGGGCGGUGA